AUGUUCUCUGAUUGGAAAAACUGGGCAGAAUUUAGAAACAAAAAAUCAAUUUUAAGUCAUUUUAUUAAUUCGAAACCUAGAUAUUUGGGAUUUUUUCUUUUUUGA